AAACAUGAGUCAUGGCCAAAGUGGGUCCCACCAUGCGAGGUGUAACUGGGUCUUCUCUAAAAUCAACCGAACAUGGCCCGCCGAUCCAUAAGCAUGUCCAGGUGCUAUUAUACGGUUGUAAUUAUUUUUAUAACCUGGGGCCGUGCGAGGGUAUGCAAACAGGGAGUCCAUCCCCUCAGCACUAUUAUGAACGGGGUCCAAGGGCAUUUUUGGAAGUCCUGGUACAAGAGACUCUUUUAGGAAUAAUCAUGAAGAAAACCCCGAUUGUCGUUUAGGUCAAUGUUAAGAAAUGAGGAUGAGGAAGAUGGACUUUGGUGGAGACUGUUUGGAUAUGAAGAUAGCAGUCGUCUCUCCGAUAAGUUGGAUGAGCUUCUUCGGUUACACGGACCACUUCUGCGUUUUAUGUUUCGUGGGAGCAAAUUGGGAUCGAUCUGGCAAAAAUGCCCUUGCGAAAUAAGCCGCUUCGGGUGUCCACGUAAGAUUAUAAACGUUCGCCAAGACUGCACAUCGGGUUUCCAAAAAUAUGCCAUUUGCGCCGAAAUUAUCAGAAAGAACAUAACCGCGCAUUCAAUUCGAGAGCCGUGGGAGAGCGGAAGUUAUUCCAUUCAACUAAAAAAGCAAAAAUUCCAAAAAAUGAAGAACUGAAGAACAUCGACGGAGGAAGAAAAGUGACAGUGAAUAUGGCAGAUGACGACUUCCAACCUUCAAAACCUUCUCCCCUGACUGUGCGCAUCAAUGACGACAUGUGAAGAGGAUCAAGAAACAAUUGAAGGAAGAAGAAUUGAUAGAUUUCAGCAACACAAUUUUUGGAUGGGUACUGCACAUUGAAGAAGCCUCAGUUACAGGACUUGUGUUAGGGUUGAAAAUGGGGGGGAAGAAGCCUUAGUUACAGGAGCAGCUAAGCGGACAUAUAUGGAAGAAAUACUUUGGAAGUGCAGAAAGUGUAAAAAGAGCUGAUGUCCUUGAUGCUGUGAUGAAGUAUAACAGUGAUGACCCAGAAGCAGAGAGAGAAGAUGAUGUUAAGCUUGCGCUGCUGCACGUGCUCUCACAUGGACUGUUUGGAAACCAGGUUGCCCGGGAGUUACCAGCGGAAUACGUGAACUUGGUGGAAGAUUUGGCUGCAUUUAAUGAUUACCCAUGGGGUGAAGAUGUUUGGAAGCAACUAGUAGAAAACAUUGGAAGCAAUGUGACGAGUUUGGAGAACUGCAAAGGGACACGACCAACACUACCAGGGUGUUUGAUUGCUAUUCAAGUUUGGGCUUUUGAAACUUUCCCCGGUCUACAAAAAGCUGGACUCUGCAGUAUCAAGGAAGGUCAAGAAAGAGGUAUUCCAUGAGCCGUGAAGUGGUCAUUUAGCAAAAAACCUUCAAUGGACGUUUUCAGUGAAUUAAUUUUCCUCAAUGAGAAUUUUGAAUGGUCAAAGAUGGUGCCUACUGACGAUGAAAUAAAGAAAUUUCCUAUAUUAGUAAGGAAUAGAAAGCUAAGAUCGCAAAAUGGACAAAGUGGUAGCAGUAAAGAUGGAGAUAGGGUCGAUGGCGAGAAGGAAAAAACCAAUACAAAAGAAGAAGAUAAGGUGGAUGGAGAGAAGGAAAAAACAAAAAAGAAAAAGAAAAAGGGUACCAAGAUCAGUGGAAGAAAGGUUACAAGAAGUAGCAAGAGGGUACAAAAAAGGAAGGAAGAAGAAUAUCAGGUGGAUGAGGAUGAGGUGGGGGUGGUUGGAUUUGGAGAGCAACGAAAGAAUACAGUUAUUUUGAGGAAAGUAAGGAAAAUCACUAAAGAGAAUGCCAAGAUAAUGCCAGAAAUCAAAGAAAUAAAAAAAAAGGCAGAAGAGACAAGACUCAAUACUUGGAGAAAAACUAGAAGAAAUAUUAUCAAAGUUGAAGAAGUUGACACCACAGGAGGAGACAGAGAGUGAAGGUAAUGCAAAUGAAGUGAAUGGAAAUGGAAAAAAUGAAGAAGUGGCACCAGAAUCAAGGCAGCAGGACCAGAGUGCACAAGGAGAAAGUGUGGAUACUGGAAAGAAGGAUGAAGCAUUGGGUACACCAAAUUUCAACAUCUUUGGGCCAGAGACGCAAGAAAAAAUGCGUGAUGAAAGAGUGGAGGAUGUGAUGGAAGGCACUGAACAAGAAAAUGAAAAAACAAUGGAAGAUGAAAACGCAGUGGAAACAUGAGAUGAAAAAAGAGUAGGGGCAGAAGGAGUGGAGGAUGCAAGGGAAGAGACUGAAAAAGGAAAUGAAAACACAAAGGAAGAUGAGGAAGCAGGGAAAGUAGCAAACAUUUGGGAAGAUGAGAACAGUCAGUUUGUGGCAGAAUUGAUAAACAACACAGACACUGUGGAAAAACAAGUGUUGGGGAGUGAGGCAGGAAGGGGAUUGAGCAAAAUGCCUUCAAUGAACACUGAGGUAAGUAUUUCUGUGAAAUAUUUUUUCAAAAUGUAGAAUAAACAUCCAAAUGUAUCGAAUAAAUAUUGAAAAAUAGGAAGUUAUGAUUUAAAAUACAUUUAUGUGAUUCAUGAUCCAUUGAUAUCAUAGUUUAUUCCUUCCAAAUAUAAGGAAUAAAUUGUGAAAAUUAUUGAUUAAUAGGUAGAAAGGCAUGUUAUGUGAAUGACAAACAGUACAUGUCAUAUUACAUGAAUGGUUAGUUAUUUAAGUUUUGGAGUGUGAUUUAGUGUAAUAUAUAUAUACACCGGCUGAAGAGGGUGUUGUCAAGAAGAGGAGGACAAAGCAAAUUGCAAAAAGAAGGGAAAGGCUCUGUUAUUUUGUGCCAAGAAAUUAUGGUCCAUUUGCAGAGGAUCCAACUGAGGCACCACCUCAAGAAAAAAUUGAAAAGGUGCGAGAGUUCCUUAAAACUGGAUUAUUGAAGAGGCUGCGAAAGUGUGAUGGUGACAUGAAAUAUAAAAGGGAUGAUGAAGUAAUGAACGGAGUGCCGAUGUUGCUGGACAAUGUAAAAAUUGAGAGUAAAACAUGGUUGUACAAGUUGUUUGUGAACAAAGAAUGGCUCGAUGCAACGCAUAUUGAGGUAGACAUGUUCUACUUAGGAAUCAAACAGUUUCAGUAUAACCUCCAAUUCCCAUAUGCUACAUGCAACCCUUAUUUCUUACAAGCGGUGAAGCGUGAGCAUGAAAAACUUCAGAUGUCACAGUCGAAGGUUGAAAAGGCAUCUGAAAUGGCAGUGAUAGAGAGCCAUAUUGUUGGUAGUUCAGCAACAUAUGCACUUAGCUGGGCAGAAUCUGAGUUUGUUUUUAUGCCUUUAAACACAGGACAUCACUGAGUUUUACUUGUCUUAGAGGUGAAUAAGAGAAAGAUCCGGGUGUACAAAUCACUUACUAGAAAGAGGGAAUCUACAAGGGAAAUCAGGCAAUAUCUCCCAAGUGUGCAAUGCUUGCUCCCAAAGAUCAUGGAUGUGCACAAAGUCUAUCAAGAUAUUGGAGAAGACCCAAUGGGAUAAAACAAAUUAGAGGUGGAAGGUGUUGAAGAAUGUCCACAGCAAACUGAUGGGGGAAACUGUGGCAUGUACGUGCUGAAGAUCGUAGAGCUUUUGAUUAUGGGCAUGGAUCUGGACAACAUAGAUGCAAAUGACAUGACCAUGUAUAGGGAGAAAAUGACCACAAAGUUGAUCAUGUAUAGCAAAAAGAGGACAGAGGAAAUGAAAAAGGAACAAGGCUUGAAGACAAAGAAAAUCUUGAGCAAUUGAAUGUCUUUGUUUCUGAUGAUGAAUAUGUAUCAAGGAUUUGUAAUUUCCA